GUCAGUCGUUCGGCGGACGCGCGCCGGUUUGGUUGUUUAAUGUUAUUGUUUAUUAUUUGUUCGAUGCCACGCGAUCAAACGGUUCUCGUGUUUCAAUUUAACGUUCGAAACAUGUCAACGGGGUUCGUGCAAAGACUCACGAUUAUUUCAUGAGAAAGCUAAUAGUAGUGCAUUCGUAUCACCUGUGUAAACAGUGACGAACGUUUCUCGUGCAUCUGAAUAUCGAAAAUAUAUAUUCUAUCUCAACGAGGAAGAGAGUAAGUUAGAGAGAGAGAGAGAAAGAGGGAGAGAGGGAGGGAGAUAAAGAUAGAAAGAAAGAAGAUAAUUAAUAAAUACGAAGGAAGAGAAAGACCGUAGAAACACAGACUUUCUUAUCUCUCUCUCGGGAUUCACAUUCGGGACGAUUACAUUGCCAAAACAUAACAAAUAGUGAAUCUUCUAAACGACCGAUCAAGGAAAUUUCGAGGAACUAAACUCUUAUUGUUAGUUUCGUGGAAGUUGAUAAUAUAAGAAGGAGAAUGCAUUUUUUCUUGUCUUCUAACGAAGACAACGUAAUAAUAGUAUAAUAAUAAUAACAACAACAACAACAACAAUAAUAACAAUAACAACAAUAAUAAUAAUGAUGAUGAUGAUAAUCGAAAUCGAAACGUAGAAGAUACGUACAUAUAUAUCUUAUUAUUGUCGAGUUUCAAAUAAUCUCAUAGAACGAUAAUAUUAUAAAGCGAAGGAAAGACACAGUGCAAAAACUGAACGGCGCCUUCUCGAUCGUCGAACCGUCGCCUCGACCAAUAACGAACGUCGUCACCUUCCCCCCUUCACCUUCAUCAUUAUUUUAUCUUUUUCUCUCUCUUUACGUGUACUCUGCUAUUUCGACGAAGAAAGAAGAAAAAGGAAGAAGAAGGAGGAGGAGGAGGAGGUGAUGAUGGUUUGGUGGGGAAGUUAAAUCGUAUGAAAUUUUUCGAGGUUAGAGGCGCCAUAGCAACGAUUUCGUGACCCGUGUAUGUGUGUGUUAAUUAAUUCGUUAUUAUUAAACGUGAUUCAGUCUCGCUUGAAUUUUGUUAUCCAUCGUGUGGAGGCAUUUAAAAGACAAUGUGGACUAUUGACUGAACGGGUAAUUUUUUGUUUUUCGGGGGGUGGUGGUGGUGGUGGCGGUGGUGGUGGUGGGGGUGGUGGCGGAGGAGGCGAGGAGGAAGAAGAAGAAGAAGAAGAAGAAGAAGAAGGGAGGAGCCGAUAGAGUAAAGUGAGAAGAAACAAAAGGCGGUGGAGAUGAUGAUGGCGCCACAGGUGGUGGGUGUUCUGCUGAAGAAGCCGGGACAGCAGAACCACCCGCGCAUAACGCCCCUCGAUCGACAGGAAACCAAGAUAAGGGGGGAGCUCUACGUCGAAAACCUGGCUGAGAGAAGGACCGUCUUAAUCAGGAUGGGAUGGUUGUGGGUCGAGGGUACUUCAAUGAAGUUACCCCUAAGGGCAUUGAACCUUCGUCAAGCGGCACCCAGUCUUUGUCAGCCUCAUGCCCUAGCCCUUGGAUUUACUCUGAGCAACUCUCAGGGGCAUUUGCUUGCUACGUUUUGGGCCGACACAGAACCGAUAUACUGGUCUUGGGUGAAAGCGAUAGCAGCAGAGUUGGUUAGACAGACUCCGUUUCGUGCUCGAAGAUGCCUGAACUUCCUCGAAAUCCUGACGAUUUGUCCAAGAAGUCCAGCACCAUUUCCGGAGAGUCUCACUGAAUCGAGGAGACGUUCACGAAGCGAACUUCGUUGUUGGCCGAUCGAAUCUCCGAUAGAAAGUAAUUCGAAAAAUUCUACGAGUAUACUCGAAGAAUCUAGAAGAAGAGCGAGAAGCGAGUUACGCGGUUGGUCUAGCAGUAAUUCAAGCGACGAGGAUAAUUUAGGUGAAUUUCGUAGUAUACCGGCAAUAAUAACAACGAAGGAUCAAACUGUAACGAGAACAUGGGGUUGUAGCGAGAGUAGCGAAGGUAGUGAUGACAGUCUUCCAUGGGGCGGUGGAAUUUGUCGAUCGAGUGUGGACUCCGUCGAUUCGACGAUCUCCUUGUCAGAACCAGAGACCAAAGAACAAAGGAUACAAAGGUACAAGGAAACACGUAGACGAGAGAACGAAGCAAGAAGUCGUCGUGUAUUGGAAGAAGAUGCUAGAAGACGAAAAGCGAGAGCCGAGGAGAACAAUAAUGAGCUUCCAAAAAUAUACGGACCGAGAAAUAGAUAUUAUUCUGCAAAUGACAACGACGAUCUUAUUCAACGAUCACCGAAGAAGGAAUCACCAAUUGUUAAUGAGUCCACCGAGAUAGUUAGAAACGAAAACGUUAGAUUACCACCUGUCAAACCGGUCGAACCUUUCACGGUUAGAUUCGAAGAGAAUGAAAGACCCGAGGACAAUAAUAAUAAUAACGAUAGCAACAAUAAUAAUAACAACAAUAAUAAUAAUGGUAUUGCUGGAAACGAUCAAACCCGAUGCAAUAACAAUAACACCAAUGGCAUCUUAAGGACCGAUGCGAAUAACGAACGUAGAAGUCGAGCCAGAGAGAGGCGAAUUUUUCGUGAGAAGGGUCAAUCUCAACAGCCUCAACAAGUAACGAGUAACAACGUUGAGAGUUUGCAAGAACGAAAGGAACGAUUGGCUGCGAUAUCAUCAAGAAUACCGGUGCCGCGUCAGUUGUCUCAAGGAAACGAAAGAACAACCAUCGGUAGAUGCGUUACGAGUUCAUCAUUGAUGGAUGGUUGCAUGAGCUUGCCUAGAUCAUCAACGACAACAGCUCUGUCGAUAAUGAAGGAACCACCUUGCGAGGAGGACGUUGCUAGGCUAUUGGAAAGGUGUCAGAGGGUCGAUCAUUACGUACCGGUUCGUGAGAAGCUAACCCUGUUUGAAUCACUUUCGAGAUUAGGCGGUAGAUUGGCUAGAAGUACGGAGGAUCUUGGUAGAUCGGAAUCGAAACCGAGUCCAAGAGGAAAACAACGUGCCAGAUCUCUUCAUGAUUUAAAUCGUGGCGCUAGGUCAGUACCGGUACGAGAAAUGUGCCGAUUUUUCGAAGGUGAUCUACGUGACACAGGUCAGAGCAAUACAAUUAACAACAAGUACACGACAUUGACAAAAACAUCAACUAGAUUCAGCGAUCCGCCGACGCCAACUAGAAACACAACAUGGAAGGAUAACUUGAUAUCCACGAAAAGCGACGCCCCAUGCGUUAGAACGUCUACGAGGAAGAAACAUUAUGCGAAAUGAUCAUUCUCGCGAUAAUAAUUAUUGCUUAGAAAGAAAUAAAAGAAUGACGUGUUCCUCUUGUUGUCUCUUUUUUUUUUCGAGGGAAGAAACGGAGAGAAAGUCUCUCGAUUGCGUUUAUUUCAACGAAGCUUUCAACGAUUCUAUCGUUUCGUACGUGCUCGUAUACGAUUGUCCGAUAAGUUAUGACAUAAAACUUAUGUUAUAAUAAAGAAGAUCGAGUCGAUAAUUAAUAACAUCUGAAAUAGAAGAAAAUAAGAAAUUCUUUGUAAAAAAUUCUAAGAAAUUCUUGGUAAGAAUUGUUUCAUCGUAAGAGUACAAAAAAUCUUUUUCAAUACAAUAUCAAAUAUAAUUAUUAUUUCACGAUUUAAUUAUAUCCAAUUAUUUCAGAUGACGUGAUAAUUAUUGAUAAUUGAUAUAUAUAUAUAUAUAUAUAUAUAUGUAUAUAUAUGUAUACACACACAUAUACAAAACACAAUAAUAAAAUUUAUGAAGAUAAUUGAUUCGAACAAGAAAAUUCGAAAAGGAAUAUCUUGAGUUAUAUAUGCGUUGUUGAGUACGUUUGACAAAAAAAAAAAAAAGAAGAAAACGAAAAAAAAAAGAAAACGAAAAAAAAAAACAGAAAAAUUGAAAAUCGAACGAGCGUUUUGUCGAUAUUAUUUUUCGAUUGAACACGAGAGAGAACUUCCUGUGAGAGAGAACAGAACGAGCAAAGAGCGAGCUCGAGAUCGAGCUAAGAUUUCCCGUCGAGAGAGACGGGACAAGAGAGGGAGUGGAGAGUGUGUGGGGGGUGAUGAAGGGGAUAGGAGGAGGGAAGGGGGAAUCAGGGAAACCGGUAAUUUACGUUCACCGAGCGAUUGCAGCAAUGUCGAACACCUGUGUGGACAGCGCUGCUCUCCACGUAUAACACGUUGAUCGCCUUUACGGUCGACUUCUUUAAUUAUAUUUUUCUUUUUUUCCCUUUUUUCACUCUUUUUUCCAUUCUUUUUUCAUUUUUCUUGUUUUUUUCUUUUUUUUCUUUUUUUCCUUUUCUCCUUUUUUCCCCUUUUGAUCGCCUUCGUGCCAUUUUUCUACGUACGAUAAACGUGAAUACUACGAGAAAACGGGAUUAUUUUCUCGAAUGGGUACGACGAGAGAAAGAAGAAAUAAAAAAAAAAAAAAAAAAAAAAAGAAAAAGAAAAAGAAA